CAUCCCUCCGGCAAGAUGGCAUCUGUUUUGUCGAGCCUCUGGAACAACAGCAUCUUGCCACUGGAGCUAAAGUCGCAGCUCCUGAUUGGUCAACUCAAGUUAACAAUGGAGGCUCCGCCGUGCGUAUUCCUAGGUAUCAAGGUGAAACCAGGACCUAUAGAACGGCACAAGCUGGACAAUUUUCCAUUAGACCGAACAGUAGACAGUUUGAAGUGCGAAGUUGAGAAGAAAACCAAUCUCCCCUCUUCAUCGCUAGAAUUAAUACAUCAUGGUAAGAUCCUUAGAGAUCAAGCAACACUCCAGGACAGUGGAGUAAAAAGUGGUGAGAUGAUCCAUGUGGUUAAGAAGAAAGUUCAAGCAUCACCACCAUCUCCGACACCAUUCACAGAUGCUGAAUUGCAGCAGUUGAAUGCUUCAUUGAGGACUUUAGGUUGUACCCCUAACGCACCUGGGUGGACUAGAGCUAUGCAGCUUUUAAAUGACGACGCAGCAAUGUCCGAAAUACUUGAACAGGCUCCAGGCCUAAGUGAAGAUUGUGUAGCACUAUCUAUCCUUCACGAAGUGGAGUUGCUCGCAGCAUUAGGAGCAAAUCUACAGACAAUGAGACGAGGCGCUGAAGUCCAUCCGCAUUUGCCCCAUGCGCUACGUCACUUGACGCGUUUAGUACGCUCCAGGUCUAAUACUGCAGCAAAUACUGAUAAUGUUCCUACAUCAGGAUUUGCUUAUUCACUGGAGGCUUUAUCGGACGACGAGGAGGCUGAGGAAGAAGAAAAUGAAGAAGGAGAGAGGACACCCAUUACUCAGGAGCAGCUAGCUGCAGCGCUACAGGCAGCAACAGAAGCGGUGUCCGCGGGAUCAUCGCGCGGCGGCAGUCAGGAUAGUCUGUUGCGGCUGCUAACAGCCGCCACCGGCACCUCUGCCAACGCCCGAGCCAACGACCAACCGGCUACUUCUACUGCAGGUGGUAGGCCAGUGAUCACACCGGAGAUGUUCAGCGAGGCAAUAUCGGACGCAAUCAAUCGAGCCGGCACUAGAAACCCGACCGGCACGCCAAUGGAACAGAGCACAGCGGGCUCGUCGUCGGACAGCCCGGCUCGCGAGAGGGCGGAGGGCGGGAGCGGGGGUGGCGAGGACUUUUCCACGCAGCUUCAGCACAUGCACGAGAUGGGGCUGCUCGAUGACGCGCUCAACGUGCGGGCGCUGCUCAUCGCGGCAGGUGACGUAAACGCCGCAAUCAACUUGGUGUUUAGCGGAGCCAUCACAGAUGAUUAAAUGUAUUGUUUGAAUCAUAUAAACCUCAUAGAACCCUUAAAUAUGACGAAAUUCUUUUGACAUCAUAGAAUCAAUUGUGCUGAACUAAAUAUGCCGUAUGAAAUUGUUUUACACGAAAGGGCUUAAAAAG